AUGCAAUACCGUAUCGCAGUUUUCUUUGCUGUGGCAGCCGUCGCUGUCCCUCUUGGUCUGAACACAGACGGAAACGCUGUUCAGCCUCGCUCUGAUGAGAACUCUAACGGAGACGUCGGCCUGGGUCUUAACCUCCUGAGCAACGGCGAUUCCACUGGUGUUAAAAACGCCAAACGUGAUGAUGAAGACUUGAUUACCGAUUAUGCUAACCUGGCUUCCGAUAUUGCCAAGGACUUUGCAAAGCGCGGCAGCGAGGACUCCGCUGGAGACGUGGGCUUAGGCCUCAACCUCCUCAGUAACGGCGAUUCCACCGGUGUCAGGAACGCUAGACGUUCCGAAGAUAGCGACGCUUCUCUAGUUGGUCCUAUUGACGCCGACCUUCCAGUUAAAGUCGGUGUGUAG